AUCCGAACUAUGUACCUGGGGAUCCAGAGCCAGAGGCGGAAGGAACACCAGCGGCGUUUCUACUGGGCUAUGAUGUACGAAUAUGCAGACGUAAACAUGCUGCGCCUCCUGGAGACCUUCCUGGAGAGCGCCCCUCAACUGGUGCUACAGCUCUGCAUAAUGAUCCAAAAGAACCGUGCAGAAACAUUACCAUGUGUGUCCUCUGUGGCCUCCCUGAUGUCCCUGGCUUGGGUGCUAGCCUCCUAUCACAAGCUUCUUCGGGACUCUAGGGACGACAAGAAGAGUAUGAGCUACAGAGGGGCCCUCAUCCAUCUCUUCUGGCGCCUCUUCACCAUCUCAUCCCGAGUUAUUUCUUUUGCUCUCUUUGCUUCCAUCUUCCAGCUCUACUUUGGGAUCUUUGUAGUGGUCCAUUGGUGUGCCAUGGCUUUCUGGAUCAUCCAUGGUGGGACAGAUUUCUGCAUGUCUAAGUGGGAGGAGAUCCUCUUCAACAUGGUGGUAGGGAUUGUGUACAUUUUCUGCUGGUUUAAUGUCAAGGAAGGGCGGACUCGAUACCGAAUGUUUGCGUAUUACACGGUGGUCCUGACGGAGAACGCUGCCUUGACGCUCCUUUGGUAUUUUUACAGAGAUCCUGACACCACUGACUCCUAUGCCGUGCCAGCACUGUGUUGUGUCUUUCUUAGCUUUGCUGCUGGGAUAGCUCUGAUGCUGUUAUAUUAUGGUGUGCUGCAUCCCAUGGGGCCGAGAGCUAAGAUCUUUGCCAGCUCCUGUUGCGCCGAGCUGCUCUGGGGCAUUCCUCUGCCCCCCGAUGUUGAGCCCAUGGCGCCCCAAACCCCUGGGUACCGGGGGGCCCAGGCUACGCCCACCAGAGCGGUCACGGAGCAACAGGAGGAACUCACAGCUGACACUUGCUUGCCCGUUUUCCAGGUGAGAGCAAUGGUACCAUCUACUCCAUCUGGGCGACCCUACCCCCCCGAGGGGCCUCUCAUUAAGAUUGACAUCCCAAGAAAAAGAUAUCCUGCCUGGGAUGCUCAUUUUGUAGACAGGAGGUUGAGAAGAACUAUCAACAUCCUCCAAUAUGUCACCCCCACAGCUGUAGGUAUUAGGUAUAGAGAUGGACCUCUCUUAUAUGAGUUGCUACAAUAUGAAUCUUCACUUUAAAGCUCCUUAAAGCAAAAGUAAAAGAGGGGACCUUAUUUUUGUUUACGGUAAACACAGAUCAUGAAACAAACACAAACCUUCAGAUAAGCUUUCUUUCUGGUUGCUGUAUGUAUAAAAAAAAAAAGAUAUUCUCUAUGUUUUGUAAGUAAAAACAAAAAGAAAAACUUUUCUUUUGUUUUUUACACACAAGAAACAGUAUUUCAACUUCCACACCUAGGAUUCACAGGUGGAGAAGGAGGCAUCUCCACAUCAGUUUUAUACCGUACACCAAGUGUAGAACAUUAUUUAUGGGAUUGGUGCUGAUUGAAAAAUAAAAAAAAAAAACAAACAAACAAACCUACAACUGCCUUAUGCCCUUAGGUGCUGAGUUUCAUUAAGUACUGUCACCUUUCUCAUGCAAAACUCUUUGAUGAUUAUAUGCCAGGAAAAAAAAAAAUGAAAGAAAAACCAACCAUCCAACUGAAAUGCAAACCUUAAAAUAAAAAAAAAAUAAAAAUUUAACAACAACAAAAAGAGAGAAACGUAUAAAAAACCCAAAUCCUGUUGCUCUUAUUGGAUUUAGCAGUACAUCCCCCCCCCCCACCCCAGAUGUCUAAAGAUAAGAAAGCAAAGAUAAGAAAGCAAAGCCAAGACAACCCCAAUGGAGUUUGAUUUUUCCAACAGCUGAAAGACAAAAUCAGGUCUGUAAGAUAAUUUGGCAAGGAAUUUAUAACACCAUUGGGCCAAGCCUUGACCGAGUUGUGUUAUAAAGGUGACCCCACCCUGGAACCAUUUUCCUCGUGGAAAUGGACCCUGUGCAAAGGUGGGAUUGUACCAGACCAGUGUGAAAAUACAGAAUCUGAUCCUGUUCCCAACAACUGCUCACGCUAAAGCCCCACUGUCUCCAGUGGAGCAAAUACCAACAGCAUUCUGAGCCCAGAAUAAGGCCUGCCACCUUGAUUUCUGGAAAAUUAUCGAAAUUAUAAACCAAAUUAUCGAAAUUAUAAACCAAAAACAUGAUCCGAAAGUACAUUUCCACAUCUCUAAUAAUUAUUUCAGUAAUAAUAAAACUCAGCAUGGUAGCAAAAAGCGAGUCAAUUUAAAGGCACAAUACUUGAUCGGUGACUGGCAAAAUAAUUUGACCUACUGUAUCAUUUUAAGGCUGUGAAAGGCAUACAUGUAUUAUUUGUAAUCUCGUGUAAGACCUGUCAUGUCUCAUUCAGUGCGAGCCUUAAAGUGAUUGUAAAGCAUCCUUCGUUCCAUUUUGGGGAUUUUUGGGUUUUGAUUUUUUGUUUUGUUUCUGUUUUGUUUUUAAGGAAAACAAAACAUGAAAAGUCGGGAUUAAAAAACAAAAACAAAAAAAA